UUUCUCCUUCAUGUAAAGUGUUUCAUCACCUGCUGUUCUGGUAAACUGCGUGUCUUAUGCACAUAAGUGAAACUGAAUCAACUUUAAAUGGAAGUAAAGUUUCUGACAAAGGAACAAAAUUCUGUCACCAUGGAAACCAGACACGGAAACUCUUCAGCUUGGAAACGAGAUGAAACUAAAAAUAAUGCAGUGGCUUGUAAUCAGCUAAGAGAUGCUUUCAGAAGAUCCGUCUGUGAAUCCGCUCCUAGUGUUUGAAGCAGCCGGUGGAGGGCAGAGGCGGGCAGGUGGAUGCGGCUUAAACCGAGAAACGAGCCUUACGCGCUUCAUACUCGGCGAGCUCGUGGCGCACACGCAGACAACUGGAUGCCAAAACACAACCACCAUCGAAUCUGAACACAUCUAUAGAGAAAACCAAGCCCGAGCAGAUCAUCAUCAACCAGUGCCUGAUCCGAUGAGCAACUUCUACAGUCGAGAGGAGGCGAGCGCGCAAUGCUCGUGUGCGUCUUGGAGAGAGCGCAUAGAUGAGAGCUAGAGGGCGGCGACGCAUCGCUCCUCACCUCCGUUACCGCUCGACUCCUCCGGUCCCGGGACCUCGCUCUGCUUUCCCCCAAAGGAAACACACACACACAGAACUCGGCUCGGAGGCGAAGCAACGGGACGCGUAACGACGCCUGUCCGCCGUUCUCCGACACAGCAGCUCCUCCGUCUCCGCUGAACGAAUAUUCCGCGCCGCGGAGUUUCCAAACUCCAAACCAAGUCAUGGGUGAAAACGGACUCGCUCGGAGAUUUGGAUUCGGAUUAGUGCUGCACGUGCUCUUUCUGUGGGUUCGGCUGCAGAUGGUUUACGCGCAAGCGGAUGAUGACUUCCUGUUGGGAUUAGGCGAGCUUCCGGAGACCUUCCCCAGCGACCCUCCAGAGCCCCUCCCACACUUCCUGUUGGAGCCGGAAGACUCUUACAUCAUCAAAAGCAAGGGCGUCAAUCUAUACUGCACGGCCACGCCCGCUACUCAAAUCUACUUUAAGUGUAACGGCGAGUGGGUCCAUCAGAGAGAACACACGAUUGAAGAGAGGGUGGACGAGACGUCGGGUUUGGUGGUUCGGGAAGCGAGGAUUGAGAUCUCUCGACAGCAGGUGGAGGAGUUGUUUGGUUUGGAGGAUUACUGGUGCCAGUGUGUCGCCUGGAGCUCAGCAGGAACCACAAAGAGCCGCAAGGUGCACGUCCGCAUUGCAUUUUUGAGGAAGACGUUUGAACAGGAGCCGUUGGGUAAGGAGGUGUCACUGGAACAGGAAGUGUUACUGCAGUGCCGCCCACCUGAAGGUGUUCCACCCGCUGAGGUGGAAUGGCUGAAGAACGAGGAGAUGAUUGAUCCAGCAGAUGAUCGGAACUUCUACAUCACUAUCGAUCACAAUCUGAUCAUCAAACAGGCGAGGCUUUCUGACACGGCCAACUACACGUGUGUCGCUAAGAACAUAGUCGCGAAGAGACGUAGCACCACAGCUACCGUCAUCGUCUACGUAAACGGCGGCUGGUCGACGUGGACGGAGUGGUCGGCAUGUAACAGCCGCUGUGGGCGGGGCCUGCAGAAAAGGACUCGUAGCUGCACCAAUCCCGCGCCUCUGAACGGAGGGUCGCCGUGUGACGGACAGGCCAUCCAAAAAAUUGCCUGCACCUCAGUCUGCACAGUGGACGGCGAGUGGGCCGACUGGAGCAAAUGGUCUGCGUGUAGCACAGAAUGCACUCAGUCGAGGAACAGAGAGUGUAACGCUCCCGUACCUCAGAACGGAGGAAUGGACUGUGAUGGAGUCACACUACAGUCACAAAACUGCACCGAUGGAUUCUGUCUACAGAGUUCAGUACAUCAGCUAUCUCUUCAGCCUGUGGGGACGAGAGAGGAAGGGUUUACAUCCGCUCCGGGAGGAGACGAGGUGGCUCUGUAUGUGGGUAUCGUGAUGGCGGUGGUCAUGUGUCUGGUCGUCUCUGUCAUCAUUGCCCUGCUCGUCUACCGUAAGACACACAGACGCUUUCAUUCAGACAUCAUGGAUUCAUCAGUGCUGAACGGUGGAUUUCAGCCUGUCGGCAUCAAACAAGCACGAUCAGCAGACCUGCUGGCUGCAACUCCUGACCUGUCCACAGCAGCGGCGCUCUAUCGCGGCCCAGUGUACGCUCUCCACGACAUCUCUGACAAAAUCCCCAUGACCAGCUCACCGCUGCUGGAGCCGCUGCCUCUUCCCAACCUCAAGAUUAAAGUCUAUAACUCCUCCGGUGCGGUGACCCCGCAGGAGGACGUGACCUCUGACCUCUCUGCCACUCUGUCCCCAAAGGUCACCCACUCUCUUCUGGACAGCGAGCCCAUGACCCCACGGAACCAGACGCUGGCGCGUGUGCGAGACCCCACCUGCACUGCGGUGGGCUCGUUUAAUUCACUGGGAGGACGCUUGAUCGUCCCAAACUCAGGUGUGAGUUUGUUGGUGCCAGCAGGGGCGAUUCCUCAGGGUCGCGUGUACGAGAUGUUUGUGACGGUGCAGAGAACUGAACACAUGAGGCCGUCGGUCAGUGAUGGAGAGACGAUGCUCAGCGCUGUGGUGACCUGCGGCCCGCCCGGCGCUCUGUUGACCCGUCCCGUCGUUCUGACCCUUCACCACUGCGCACACGCCCACUCCGAGUACUGGCGAAUCCUGCUCAGAGGUCACGCGCAGAGGGACCAAUGGGAGGAUGUGGUGAUGGUCGGAGAGGAAAACUUCACAUCUUCCUGCUACGUACAGCUGGAGGAAGAGGCGUGUCACAUCCUGACUGAAGCUCUGGGCUCCUACUGUCUGAUUGGCCAGAGCAUCUGUCCGUCAGCGGCUAAACGAAUCAAACUGGCAGUGUUUGGACCUGUAGUGACAGCAGGAGCAGACUUUCACAUCAGAGUCUACUGUCUCCACGACACGCAGGACACACUUAAAGAGGUUUUACAGAUAGAGAAACAGAUCGGUGGGAAACUGCUGGAUGAACCAAAGACUCUUAACUUCAGUAACAGUAAAAACAAUCUGAGACUGUCACUACAUGACAUACACACACAGUGGAAGAGUAAACUACUCACCAAAUACCAGGAGGUGUGUUUCUCUCAGGUGUGGAGCGGUUCGGUGCGGAGGCUUCAUUGCUCUUUUGCUCUGGAGCGUGAGAGUUUGGCAGUGUGUGAGUUGUGUUGUAAGCUGUGUGUCCGGCAGGUGGAGGGUGAAGGUCAGAUCUUUCAGCUCUACACAACGCUGAGCGAGGAGGUUCAGAGUUUUGACACGUCUCUAAUGGACCCCGGCAGCAGUAUCACGGUGUUGACGGGCCUGAGCGCUUUCAGAAUCCCGGUCAGCAUCAGAAAUAAACUCUGCAGCAGUCUGGACGCCCCACAUACACGCGGAAAUGACUGGAGAAUACUGGCACACAAACUCAACCUGGACAGGUAUCUGAACUACUUUGCGACUAAGAGCAGCCCAACAGGCGUCAUUCUGGACCUGUGGGAGGCCCGGCACUUUCCACACGGAAACCUGAACCAGCUCGCCACCGUUCUCGAGGAGAUGGGUCGCCGUGACAACAGCAUCGCUUCCAUGGUGAAGGAACACUGACCCUUAUGACGGCGGUGAUGUUGCUCUGAUGACGUCCGGACGAGUCGAAGCAUCCUUAGAGACCUUUCGCAUCAACUUAUAGUGCAGCAUCUAAUUCAGUUUCCAUGGAAACGUGUGGUACCGUGGCUCAAGCCUCAGAUUCAGGGGGCUAAAGAUCUCGCUGGGGUCAAAGGUGAAACAGGGACAAGACUCGCUCCCAACAAUUCUCAAAACUUUUUCUGUUUGCACGUGUAAGGACUGCGGUGUGUGCGUGUGUGUGUUUGAGCAAAAACAACACAAAUCUCCCACAUUCUUCCCGUCUCUUUGGUCAUCGUUUUUCUGGAAUUGUAUGCUGCCAUCUAGUGGUUGCUGAAACAUUCGACGCUCAUGUCAAAUUAUAUUUCGAUAGGAGAUCACACAGUAUUUAGUGUGUGGACAGAGUACCUUAAAGUGGCCUUUAAAACCUCAUCAACGUUCACACAUCAAUCUCAUUCGUUUUAUUUUUGUAAUGGAGAUAUCUGUCAAACUGACGUAUCGGUGUUGAACAAAAGUGCACACGAGCGCUUGCCAUGGAUGAAAAAUAAUGCAGAGAUCUGAUAUAUAUCUCAAUAUCUGGAAUGCUGAGGAUUAAAUGUGAAGUCACACUGUUUCAUUAUUUUUAAUAGACAUUUGUACAACGUACACAAAAGAGUUCACACACGUUCUCUGCAUGAGGUGUUUCUGUUGUGUUUGAAUGAUUCAUUUCAACGUUUAAGCAUUUUGCUUGUGAGUAAGAAAAAGUCAAGAUGAUCCUUAUUAAAGGUUACCAGGGUACCUAUAGUUUCACUUACUGAUCACACACUGAAAAGGAAAAUCUUUUUUGUCUUGUUUUCUGACACGAUUAUCAAAACAACCUUAAAACAAGAAUUGAAGAGUUUGGUUCCAAAAUGAGAGAACUCCGUUUAAAUAAAUCUAAAGUCGUGUUUUUAUUACGUUAUCAUGUUUUUAUUAUGUCAUGUUUUUUUAUUUUGUUAUCUUGAUUUUAUUGUGUUAGUUAGCAGUAUUUAUUAGUUUAAACACACAAUACGAAACAUGAUUUUUGAACAUUUAAAAAAAAAUUUUUUAUCUCAAUUUAGAACCAAAAUCUUCAUAAGUUCACCUGAGAAUCAAAAAUAAUUAUCUUGAUUUCAGAAAUCAUAUAUAAUAACCGAAGUGUGUUUUCAUCAAGAUGAAAAAGUUCAAUUGCAAUCUAACAAAAUGUUUUUGCCCGAAACAAGAACAAAGACAUUUUGCGUUUCAACAAUAUACCCUUACAAACUAAUGAUAAAUUAAUUAUUAUUAUAUAUAGAAAUAAUUGUAUUAAGUAUACUUCAGUAAAAUACAAUUUAUACUUAAUAAAUUCAUUUAUAAAAUAUACUAAUAUACUUUUUUUUGGGUUAUACUUGGGAUUAAAUUGAAACACUUUUUAAUUUAUAAAUAUAAUUUCAACGACAUUAUUUGUUUGUGCAGAAACUGUUCUUCAAGUGAAUUUAUAGUUUGUUAUUUCAAUACUGAUGCUGAUGAAAGUAGGCCAACACUUCUCAUCUGUUGAAAAGAUUUUACUUCACUCAACACAUAUUUCUAUAUUAUUUUUGCAUUUCGAGAACACUACUAUGGUCGUGUUUAGAUAAAGUGUUACUUUUUUUGUACAGAAGUACACGAAGAGGAAACUGAAGGUAUUUUGUUUUUAGUUCAAAAGUGAAGCGCACUUGAAAAAGGUUCCUGUUAAGAUACUUGUAUUGGUAAACAAGACAAAAACAGAAGAUAAAAAUCUUAUCAGUGUAGAAACUGAAUGAAUGUUGUUGAGAAGGAAAGUCAGACAUGGAUCGAACACAUUUGAUCAUGGAUGAUGUUUCGUUGACUUCUGGUUUGAUGUUCUGCAGGUUUGAGUCUCUGUGAGGGCUGUCAGUAUGAUGGUAGUUCUCUGGUUUAGUGCACAUCAGAAUCGACCAAGAGAUGUUAGCGUCUCUUACACCGAUGACAUUGAUUUGCUAAUGUUUAGUUACAGAAACAACGUUGAAAAUGCAUUUAAAACCAAAGGAGAAUGACGAGAGGAUGGUUACUGAUGUCUAUUUUCUACAGUAAUGAGAUGUGUCUCCAAGUUAAAGUGCACAUUCAGUAAGAAAAGGAAGCAUUGAUUUGAUUCACAAACAAAUGGUUUUAUUGUUAGAGAUGUGUGUCUGAUGGCGUCAAGCAAAAUCUACUAUAGUCUUUUGUUUCGGACUUGAGUUAUCACACAUUUAUCUCAGAAAUAACAUGCACACGUGAAUCGGUAUUUAGAAAAUAACACAUAUUGGACAAUUGAAGAUUUUCAGUGAAUGAUGAAGGCCUAUGCAACUGUAAUUCAGAAUCUGUGUUUUUUUUUCUCUGUGAUGAGAUGUGACAAACAGUGACAUACGGAGCUCUUGAUCUGCAGCAUCACUGCCUGAAGACUGUUCUCUUAAAGAAAACAACAAAUUAUAUCAAGUGAAACAACACAAGACCCCGUCUGUAAAGCUGAGAAUGGAAUAUUUUGGUCUGCCGUAAAUGGUGUGCCAACUAUGCAAUGUUUGCUUCUGUACUGGACAACAGCAGGAUUGUGAGGAGAGAGGAUUUCAUUCAUAAAAAUUUGUGUAAAAAAAGCAGACGCCUCCACAGACAGUGUCUGUACAAAAUGUAUCUAAAGAUUUUUUGAACUAAAUUAUAUUUUUAAUCAACA